ACAGUGAGUUUUGUACCAUCCGACUCCAUUCUAAUUAAACAGAAAAAGUAGCUGUCAUGGGAAUUCGAGGAAUGGCCUUACAGUUCACAAUAAUGGGAGCAGUGUUAGCAGCAGUUACAGCAGCAACAGAGUUUCCUAGAGCGAAGCCUGGAUGCCAAGAUAGAUGUGGGAAUGUCAGUAUCCCAUAUCCAUUUGGCACGGAAAACGAUUGCUACUACGACCAUCGGUUCCUCAUAACUUGCAACCAUACUUUGAAUCCUCCAAAAGCAUUUCUCAACACAAGUAAUAUAAACGUCAUGGAAAUAGCUCUCGAAGGAAAGCUGCAUAUUUUGAAAUACAUAGCCAAGGAAUGCUAUGAUGCAUCAGGACGAACUCUCAGAAUCAUACCCUCAUUUACGCUCGCCUAUUUCAUUAUCUCUGAUGCUGACAAUAUGUUCGUGUCCAUUGGUUGCGAUUCUGUGGCAUCCCUCAAUGGCAAUUUCAAAGCAGCUGGUAGUACUGAGAACGAAUACGUGGUAGGAUGCACGUCCUUAUGUAACAGCUUAAAAUAUGUACGUAAUGAUACAUGCUCUGGCAUAGGUUGUUGUCAAACAUCCCUUGCCAAGGGAGUAAAUAAAUUUAACUUGACAGUUUCUAGCCGGAAAAAUCAUACUGGUAUUUUGAACUUCAGAUCCUGCAGCUAUGCUUUCGUUAUUGAAGAAAAGAAGUUCAAUUUUUCUAGAAGUUAUCUUCGGGAUCUGAAGAACGUUGACAAGCUUCCUAUGGUAGUUGACUGGAGUAUUGGGAAAAAUAGCUGCGCCGAGGUAAAAAAGAGUAGCAAGAAUGCAUGUCAAGGAAACAGCACUUGUUAUGAUCCUGACAGUGGAUAUGGGUACCUCUGCAGGUGCUUGGACGGGUACCGUGGAAACCCAUACCUCCCUAAUGGUUGCCUAGACAUUGAUGAAUGUACAGAUGCAACUGUAAACAACAAUUGCACACAUAUUUGUACCAACUUGCAAGGGAAUUAUACAUGUUCUUGCCCCAAGGGGUACCAUGGUGACGGAAGAAAAAAUGGCGAAGGCUGUAUCCGCCAUCGGUCACUGGUGAUUCAGGUUGCUGUCGGAAAUGGAGUGGUGGUGACAUCUUUGUUGAUGGAAAUUACUUGGCUGUACUGGGGAUACAGUAAAUGGAAGCUAAUGAAGCUCAAAGAGAAGUUCUUUAGGAGGCAAAAUGUUGGUCCAAUGCUGGAGCAGCAGCUAUCAAGACGGGAGGGACCCGUUACAGAAACGGCAAAAAUUGUUGAGUUUGUUGCUUCAAAACUCGAGAAAGCCACCGACAAGUACCAUGAGAGUAGGAUUCUUGGUCGUGGAGGUUUUGGUAUAGUUUACAAGGGAACUUUAACAGAUGGAAGAACUGUUGCGAUCAAGAAGUCCAAAACAAUCGAUCAUAGCCAAAUCGAGCAGUUUAUCAAUGAGGUGGUUGUUCUUUACCAAAUCAAUCAUAGGAAUGUGGUGAAGCUUCUAGGAUGUUGCUUGGAGACAGAAGUCCCAUUACUAGUUUAUGAAUAUGUUGCAAAUGGCACCCUCUAUGACCACAUUCACGACAAGAGUAAGGUGUCGGCCCUCACCUGGGAAAUCCGUUUAAAGAUUGCUUCUGAAACUGCUGGUGUUCUAUCAUAUUUGCAUUCCGCGGCUUCUGUGCCAAUCAUUCAUAGGGAUGUCAAGUCUACAAACAUACUCCCGGACAACAGUUACACGGCAAAAGUGUCAGAUUUUGGCACUUCUAGGUUAAUUCCGUUGGAUCAAGUUGAAUUGUCAACAAUGGUGCGAGGUACUCUAGGAUACUUGGACCCUGAGUACUUGCACACAAGCCAACUGACGGACAAAAGUGAUGUUUACAGUUUCGGAGUGGUUCUUGUGGAACUACUAACUGGGAUGAAGGCAAUUUCCUUCCAUAAGCCUGAGGGGGAGAGGAAUUUAUCAUCGUAUUUUCUUUGUGCACUGAAAGAAGAUCGCCUGGUCCUUAUUCUUCAGGAUUGCAUGGUGAACCAGGAUAAUAUCUGGCAGCUUAAGGAAGUUGCCAACAUUGCAAAGAAGUGCUUAAGAGUAAAAGGAGAGGAAAGACCUAACAUGAAGAAGGUAGCAUUGGAAUUAGAGGGGCUAAGAACAUCUGCAAAACAUCCUUGGACUAAUGACGAAUCAAAUGUAGAAGACACAGAGUACUUGCUUGGUAAAUCAGUGGAAACUGCUCGUUUUGAGGAAAUGGUUGGUACAAGUGCUGGAUAUCACAGUUUACAGAAUUAUUUAAUGCAAUCACUGGAUGGU